AGAAAAGAAAAAGAAAAAGAAAAAGAAAAAGAAGUCACUGUACUGAAAUACUCGAGUCUCCACUCUCUUGCGGACUGAUUCAGAAACACAUCUUUUUCUCGGCCCUCGCAAAUAUCUCAACUACACAACACACGCGCACGACGGAGGCCAAAUGGCCAUCAAAGACCACGCCUCACCCUUACUCUUCUUUUUCUUCUUCCUCGCAAUCUCUUCCCUCUCCACCACUUUCGCCGAUUCAGUCCACGGCUGCGGCGGUUUCGUCGAGGCUCGCUCUUCUCUGAUCAAGGCCAGGAAGCCCACCGAUGCUAAAUUGGAUUUUUCUGACAUCACGGUUGAGCUUCGGACAGUUGAUGGGUUUUUGAAGGAUAGCACUCAAUGUGCUCCCAAUGGUUACUACUUCAUUCCCGUAUAUGACAAGGGUUCUUUUGUUAUUAAAAUUAACGGCCCAGAGGGAUGGUCAUGGAACCCAGACAAGGUUCCUGUUAUUGUUGAUGAUUCCGGCUGCAAUGGCAGUCAAGAUAUUAACUUUCGGUUUACAGGGUUCUCCUUGUCUGGUAGAGUAGUGGGAGCGGUUGGUGGAGGGAGUUGUUCCGUUCAAAAUGGAGGUCCUCCAAAUAUUGAAGUUGAACUUUUGUCUGAUACUGGUGGUGUUGUUUCUUCUGUUAUAACAUCACCAGGGGGGAGUUACUUGUUCAAAAAUAUUAUUCCAGGAAAAUAUGAAUUACGUGCUUUGCACCCUGACUUGAAAGUUGAAAUAAGAGGUUCAACAAAGGUGAAUUUGGGGUUCGGAAAUGACGUAGUGGAUGACAUUUUCUUUGUCCCUGGGUAUGAUAUUCGUGGAUUUGUUGUUUCUCAGGGAAAUCCAAUAUUGGGAGUUCACGUUUAUUUAUACUCAGAUGACGUCUUAGAGGUAGAUUGUCCCCAAGGUUCUGGAACUUCUUCUGGGAUGAGGAAGACACUGUGCCAUGCUGUAUCUGAUGCUCAUGGGAUGUUCAUGUUUAAAUCAAUACCUUGUGGAACGUAUGAGCUCAUACCUUAUUACAAGGGGGAAAACACAGUAUUUGAUGUUUCACCUCCUGUCAUGUCUGUAACUGUUGAGCAUCAACAUGUGACAGUUCCUCAGAAGUUCCAGGUCACUGGAUUUUCUGUUGGGGGACGAGUUGUGGAUGGAAAUGAUGAAGGCAUUGAAGGUGUUAAAAUUAAAGUUGAUGGUCAUGAAAGGUCCAUCACUGACAAACAAGGAUAUUACAAGCUUGACCAGAUUACUUCCAAUCGCUAUGCAAUAGAAGCCACAAAGGAGCAUUACAAGUUCAGCAGUUUGAAGGACUAUUUGGUAUUACCAAAUAUGGCUUCAGUAAUGGAUAUUAAAGCAGUUUCCUAUGAUGUCUGUGGUGUGGUUCAGAUGGUUAGUGCUGGUUACAAAGCAAAGGUAGCUCUGACUCGUGGCCCUGAAAAUGUCAAACCGCAAGUGAAACAGACUGAUGGAAGUGGAAAUUUCUGCUUCGAGGUCCUACCUGGUGAAUAUCGUUUAUCUGCUAUAUCAGCUACCCCUGACAGUGCUUCUGGCCUAAUGUUUUUGCCGUCUUAUAUCGAUGUUGCUGUCAAAGGUCCAUUAUUGAACGUCAAGUUUUCUCAGGCAUUGGUCAAUGUACGUGGAACUGUAACCUGCAAGGAGAAGUGUGGCACAUCUGUUUCUGUUAUCCUUGUUGGUUUAGCUGGUAAACGUAAUGAAGAGAAGAGGACAAUUAAUUUGACUGAUGAGAGUAGUGAAUUUCACUUCGAAAAUGUCAUCCCAGGGAAAUACAGAUUUGAGGUCAAGCACAAUUCAGAAGAACCCACAGCUGUAGAAGAUAAUUGGUGCUGGGAGAAAAGUUCCAUUGAUGUGGAUGUUGGUGUGGAAGAUGUAAAAGGAAUUGAAUUUGUUCAAAAAGGUUACUGGCUCAAUGUCGUUUCCACCCAUGAUGUAGAUGCUUUUAUGAUUCAGCCAGAUGGUUCUUCCAUUAAUUUGAAAAUUAAGAAAGGUUCCCAGAAUGUAUGUGUAGAAUAUCCUGGAGUGCAUGAACUUCAUUUUGUCAACUCUUGUAUUUUCUUUGGGAGCUCAUCAAUUAAGACUGAUACUUUAAACCCAUUGCCUAUUUAUCUGAAAGGAGAAAAGUAUCUUGUCAAAGGACAAAUCAGUGUUUCAUCAAGCUCAUUUGAGGGUGUCAGCGAGGUACCUGAGAAUUUCAUUGUGGAUAUUCUGAAUGCCGGGGGCAGUAUUAUAGAUGAGACCACAGCUAGGCUCACUUCCAGUGGAAAUGAUCAGAGUGCUGUAGUGUAUGAAUAUUCUGCAUGGGCCAAUCGCGGAGAAAGACUUACCUUUGUUCCUAAGGAUCCAAGAACUGAUGAGACGAGGAAGAUAUUGUUUUAUCCCAGACAACAUGAUAUCUUAAUUUCAAAUGAUGGCUGCCAAGCUUCAAUCCCUCCAUUCUCUGGUCGAUUGGGUUUAUAUAUUACAGGAUCAGUCUCUCCCCCUAUUUCUGAAGUUCAUAUUAAGAUUCUUGCUGCUGGGGAUAGCCACAUUGCUCAACUUAAGGACGGUGAAAUAGUACUGGAGACUACCACGGGAAUGGAUGGCGCUUUUGUUGGGGGACCUUUAUAUGAUGACAUAACAUACCAUGUUGAGGCUUCAAAGCCUGGGUAUCAUUUAAAACAAGUUGGGCCUCAUUCCUUUUCUUGUCAGAAGCUUGGCCAAAUUUCUGUAAAUAUUCAUUCUAAAGAUGAUGCUAAAGAGACUAUUCCUUCAGUGUUAUUAUCUUUGAGUGGCGAUGAUGGCUACAGAAACAACUUGGUAUCUGGAGCUGGUGGAGCAUUCCUAUUUAACAACUUAUUUCCAGGGACAUUCUAUCUCCGUCCUCUGCUAAAGGAGUUUGCCUUUUCUCCUCCAGCACUGGCGAUAGAUCUUGGUUCUGGGGAGUCUAAAGAAGCUAUUUUCUUGGCUACUCGAGUGGCUUACAGUGCUAUGGGUGUUGUUACUCUAUUGUCUGGCCAACCAAAAGAAGGCGUGUUGGUUGAGGCCAGAUCAGAAUCAAAAGCCUAUUACGGGGAAACAGUGACUGAUUCAUCUGGAAGUUAUCGUUUGAGAGGACUUCUUCCUGACACAACCUAUGUAAUCAAAGUAGUGAAAAGGGAUGGUUUUGGUAGUGCUAAAAUUGAGCGUGCGUCACCAGAAUCUGUUCCCAUCAAGGUUGGACACGAGGAUAUCAAAGGAUUAGAUUUUCUGGUUUUUGAACAGCCAGACACAACUGUUUUAAGUUGCCAUGUUGAAGGAAAGAGAAUAGAGGAACUGCAUCCGCACCUACUGGUGGAAAUCAAAUCAUCUAGUGAUCUUUCUAUGGAGUCCGUCUUCCCUCUUCCGCUUUCCAACUUUUUCCAAGUGAAGGACUUACCCAAGGGUAAGCACCUUCUGCAGCUUCGUUCUAGUCUUCCGUCAAGCAGCCAUAACUUUGAAUCCGAGGUUAUUGAGGUUGAUUUAGAGCAGAAUACUCGUAUACAUGUUGGCCCCCUCAGAUAUGUAUUUGAGGAGGAUCACCACAAGCAGGAGUUGACUCCGGCGCCAGUUUUCCCUCUUAUAGUUGGCGUCUCAGUGAUUGCUCUGUUUGCCACCAUUCCAAGCUUGAAGGACUUAUACCAAUCCACAGUGGGAAUACCAACACCCGGAUUCACUACAACUGCAAAGAGGGAAGUGCGGAAAACUGUUUUGAGAAAGAAGACUUACUGAAUAUCUGUUUGUGCCUAAUAGAAAUGCACCUCGGGUAAUAUCUAACAUUGAAUCGGAUAAUGCCCUUGCUGUGUGGAGGUUGAAGAUGAGCUUAGCCUAGGAAAAGAGCUUAGAAAAUUAGAGCCACUCGCUGUAUUUCUCCUCGCGUCAUGUAGGCAGGUACGGUUGUGUGAUAUAAAUUUUGUAUUUCUCAUAGCAAAAACUUCCACCACGGUUGAGGUCCUUCAUGACCAAAUUUUUGGUCUAGGGUUCAUGACCUAAUUUUUGGUCUUGAAUUUUAAGAUGACUAAUCUUGCACUUACGGAAAUUAGUGACAUACAGGAUGAUUCAUAAGGGUAGGAUUGAGUUGGGGGGCCUGAAAGGUCUCACAUUUCUUGACAACAGGGAUGUGUAUGUAUGUUAUGAACCUACAUAUCUUAACAACAGAUUAUGUAAUGUUUAUUGUUUUCAAAUCACGAUUAGACAUCGUAGUACUUUUUAUUGACA